AUGCGUCAGUUAGGUAAUGAAGAAAAAGCUGCUCUUCUUUUAGCAUCGCCUGAUGAUGAUGCUAAUGAAUUAAGUCAAUCUUCAACAACAACAUCUAAUCAAAUCAAUAAUCCCAUUGUUUCCAAACGUCCAAAAACUUAUCAACGUGGUCGUACUAGUAGUAAUAGUAGUACUCAUCCUAUUUUAUUUUUUAUUCUUAUAUUAUGCGCGUUCAUACUCGGAUGUCUCACUGGCGUAGCAAUUUUACUUUACCGGAUGUCUCAAGAUGCUGAAUCAUCCUCAGCAACACUCUAUAAUUCACCUAGUUUAACAGAAAUUGAUCUAACAAUCCAAACAAAAGUUUUUCAAUCACUAAAAAAGACAAAUUUUCUCAAUCUCAAUCGCUCCAUUGAAUCUGAAAGUGAUGCUGCAAAUAAAUUAGAAUUAAAUUGGAAAUCUCUAUCAAGUAUAUUUAAUCGUGUAAAUAAACUUUCAUAUGACUUAACUCUUUCAAAAUAUGCUCCAUCCGUACAAUGGAGUGGUAUCCAAUUGCUUGAUCGAAAAAAUGAUCAAGAAAUUGAAAAAUUUAAUGUUUUAACCACCAACGAUUAUUUAUCAUUCUCAUCAUUAAUUAAAUCAGGAAAAGUAAUGGCAAGUUAUAUUUAUUAUGCUAAUUAUGGUCGCCAAGAAGAUUUCGCUUAUUUAAUUAAUAAGAAUCAAAUCAAUUUUGAAAAUAAUAAUCAUGCCAUUGUUUUUAUGCGUAGAAAGUUGACAAUUAUUUCGCAAACAAAACAAAUUCAUCAAGCAAUACAUUAUGGAUUUGCUGGACUUGUUUUAUUUGAUGACGAUGAUAGUAAUAAUGAUGAUCAAACAAACCAAAAUAUGACAAUAACCAAUGACCGACACUCAUUUUCCGAAGAAUGGGGAAGAUUAUCAACAGAGAAACAACGAGAAAAUUUUCUCGAUGGUAUUUCCAAUGAUGACGAUCAACAAAUAUCUGUUUUGAUUCUUUCAUAUUCAGAUGUCGACAAAAUAUUUUCAUUUGAUUCAAAUCCAUGGUUACCAUGUCCAUCUCAAUGGCAUAAUAAACCAAGUUCACUCAAAUUAGGUGGAGAACUUCGGAAAACAAAACUUCAUUUAACAACAUUUAUGGAAGAAGUACCCGUGCAUUUGCCAUUGGUUCUUGGUUAUAUUCGUGGUAUUAUUGAUGUUGAUCAUUUUAUUAUGAUUGGAUAUCAACUUGGUAGAAAGCAACAAGAAAAAGUUAUUGAUGAAAUUAUUCAUGCUUACGGCAGUGAAAUAAAAAAUGGAUGGCGUCCAAGACGAUCAAUCUUAUUUUGUGCUUGGUCAGGUUUAUCAUAUGAUCGUUAUACAAUUCGUCGUUGGAUUUCAGAUAACUAUCGUCUGAUUGAUAGAAAUUUAAUUGCAUAUAUUGAUCUUGGAAAUGGUAUUAUUGGAAAUUCAACACUCAAUUUACAUGGUUCACCAUUACUACAACGAAUUGCUCAACGUGCUGCCGAUGUUGUUGUUAGUCCACUUAUUCAUAAUCAUACAUGUCAUCAUCGUCGAAAGCCAACAAUUGAAUCUCAUUCUCAUGUUCAUAGAAGAAGACGUCAUGAAGAACAUGAAAAUCACGUGGAAACGAAUGAACAUAAAGAACAAACGGAAUGCGAACCACAUAAAUUAUUUGAUGAAUGGAUGAGAGCUAGUAACAAUAGAAUUGGAUCAAAUAAAACCUCCAGUAUCAUUCAAAUGAUUGAUAUCGAUUCAGCAGCAGCAUUAUUUCUGUUGGAACACGGAAUUCCAUCAUUACUUAUUGAAAUGACUGAUGAACAGGCAUUGACCAAGGAUACAUUCUAUUUGCAAAACUCUCCACCUGUUUUUAGUCAUGAAAUCGAACCAGACGUUAUUGUUGCUUAUGCACAAUUCGUAUCUGAAAUAAUUCGUCAACUUGUUGAUGAACCAUUAAUACCAUUUGAUUUAACCAAUUAUGCUGACUCAAUUGAUAUGCAAACAAUUGAUUAUCUUGCUCACUAUGAUAGAGCAUACCAAGCGUUAGGCUCACAUCUCGGUGAUUCUAAUGAAAUGACGAAAAUAAUAAGUCAAUUAACAAAAGUGAUGCGACAAAUUCAAUCGAAUAUUGAUCAAAUACCUAAGAAUAAUUAUUUCAGUUUUCAAAUAUUCAAUGAAAAACUUAUUGAAUUUGAACGUUUAUUUAUUAAUGAUGACCAAUUACGUCGAACAAAUACAGCAGAUAAUACAUAUAAACAUGUUCUGAUUGGACCAGCUUUUGGUCUAACAAAUACCGCUGUACCAUUUCCAUUAUUAUCAAAUCUUCUAUUCGGCAUACCUACUGAUCCACAAACGCAAUUAUGUGAUGCAUCACAAUUAUAUUGGUCAAGAUUAAAACAACAUUUCCGGUUAAUUACACGAACAUUAAAUGGAUUCGAUGGUCUUUUAUCGAAUUUUUAA